CAAAUUUCAUCAUAUUGGAGAGACCGAGAGAGACUAGAUUGGACUAUUAUUUGGUUUGGUUUUCUGCAAGCGAAAAUGGCUGAAGAAAAGGAAUCCACGUCAGUUCCUUUGAGUCAAGGUAGCGCCGGCGAAGAUCCCGCAAAGUCUCCACCUAACUCCUCCAAUUCCUCCGCUCGUAAGGCUUGUUUUGUUGUUUUCCAGAGUUGGAUCUCCAAAAAGUUCAUGACUGGAUGUGUGGUCCUUUUUCCUGUUGCGGUUACCUUUUUCAUUACAUGGUGGUUUAUUCAAUUUGUUGAUGGUUUCUUCAGUCCAAUAUAUGAAAGACUUGGAAUUGACAUUUUUGGGCUUGGAUUUGUGACAUCUUUAAUUUUUGUAUUCCUCAUUGGUAUAUUUGUUUCAUCAUGGAUGGGUGCCACUAUUUUUUGGCUUGGAGAAUGGUUGAUAAAGAAAAUGCCACUAAUGAAGCAUAUAUACUCGGCAUCUAAACAAAUUAGUGCUGCUAUUUCUCCAGACCAAAAUACAACUGCUUUCAAAGAGGUCGCAAUUAUUCGUCAUCCACGUGUUGGUGAAUAUGCAUUUGGUUUCAUAACAUCAUCAGUUGUCCUUCAGAGAGAAAAUAUGGAUGAAGAGUUAUGUAGUGUUUAUGUUCCUACAAACCAUCUAUAUAUUGGAGAUAUUUUUCUCGUUAACUCUGAGGAGAUCAUCAAACCAAAUCUUUCUAUUCGAGAAGGCAUAGAGAUCAUUGUUUCUGGAGGUAUGACAAUGCCACAGCUGAUAUCUCCAUUACAAAGGUUUCCUCGUCCUAUGGAUCGAAUCCCUCUCAACAGAUUAAUCUAGUGCCAUGGACUACAACGAGAGGUCAGCAGGAACAGAGAAUACUGAAUCAGCUUCAGUUUUGUAUUUGCAGUCGUGUAGACUGGUGGUAAUGUUCUGCCCAUGGUGAACUACUGUAUUCAGUGGUGGAUGUUGUACACGUCUUUGCGUUGUUAAGAGAGAAAAUGCUAGGGGCCAUCAUUAGUUUGCUGGUCAUGUUCACAUUCUGAUGCUGAGUUCACCAAUUCUGUAGUAUUAGACCUUCAUAUAUGAUGCGUAUUGUUGAGUUUUGGAUUCCAAUGUUGUGUCCUUGUUAUGGGUUCAUUUAGUUGAUACUUUUGACUGCUCCAUACUAAUGACUCUGUACAUAUUUGGAUGGUUCCAUUGUUAACUAGCAAUGUAUAGUUAUUUAGUUCUU